GUUUAACUAUAUUGAAUUACCUGUUGUCUCAGGAAAGAGUUGGGGGAAAGGAGAAAGAUUAGGAAAGCUUUGCAGGGGUGAAUGCUGAAAACUAUCUUUGCAUGUAUUUUGAAAAUAAAAAGCUAUUGAAAUAUAUGUUAAAGUUUCUCUUUACAUAGAAUUGGAAAAAUACUUUUUAAAAAGUGUAUGAUUACGGCAUUAGAAAUGUAUGCGGUAAGUGGGCGCACGCAUCAGAAACGUGCGCGCGAACAUUAGGGGCCAAAGCAGGAGCAGUAAGCGCAAGCGCAUACCCGAAAGCAUACAGGAGCAUGGGGGCGGUGAACUCGCUCUUUAGCCGGGGUUCUUCAGCGGCCGGAAUUAGUUCCGUCGCGGAGGUGUUCGUGCGUGCCAAGAGACGUGAUUACGUCUCGCCUGAGGCCGAGGCUAUCCGCGGGAAGCGGCGGUUUCAAAACGAGGGAGCUUACUCCAAGUAAUGACUCACCUUUUUAAGGAACAUGUCAGAUCAAACCCAGGAAGGAAGCAUACAUUUCCCUUUCCCCUACACUCCUUACUCUAUCCAGAAGGACUUUAUGGCAGAGUUGUACCGUGUUUUGGAAGCUGGAAAAAUUGGAAUAUUUGAGAGUCCAACUGGCACUGGUAAAUCCUUAAGUCUCAUUUGUGGGGCCCUUUCUUGGCUUCGGGACUUUGAGCAGAAGAAGCAGCAAGAAGAAGCCCAUCUUCUUGACACAGGAAUUGCUCCACCAGAUUACCUGGAAGAACACCCACCUCACAUGUCUACUAAUCAGGAGGCUCCAGAUGCUCCAAAGUCUACUGGGGAGCCUGAUUGGAUUGUCCAGUUUGUGCAGAAGAAGGAAGAAAAGGACAGGAUAGACAGACUUAGGGAUGAACAGAUCAAGAAGAAGAAGCGAGAAGAACGUCUCCAACAGUUACGCCACAAUGUACAUUUAAAAUAUGCAGCCAAAAGAAUGAGACAGGAAGAAGAAGAGAUGGAGCGCCUGUUGCACCUCAGCAAGGAGAUGUUAGCAGCAGCUGGGAGUGGACAGCCAGAAGAAGAACUCUGCAAGGAAGAAGAGCUGCUGCUUGCUGAAUAUGAAAGUGAUGAGGACAAAAAAACAGUCAGUGGAGCCCAUGAAGAAGAUGAGGAAGAUCUAGAAGAGGAGCAUGUAACUAAGAUUUAUUACUGCAGUCGAACCCACUCUCAGCUGACGCAGUUUGUGCACGAGGUGCAGAAGAGCCCCUUCGGCAAGGAGACGCGCCUCGUCUCCCUCGGUUCCCGGCAGAACCUUUGUGUGAAUGAAGAGGUGAAGCGCCUGGGCUCGGCCACCCUCAUCAACGACCGCUGUCUGGAGAUGCAGAAAAGCAAGCACGAGAAGAAGAAUAAAGAUGACGAAAAGGCAAAGAAAAGGAAAACGGAAACUCGUACUUCCUGCCCCUUCUACAACUAUGAGCAGAUGCAGUUUCUUCGUGAUGAGGUUCUCAUGGAAGUGAAAGAUAUUGAGCAGCUGGUGGUGCUGGGGAAGGAGACUCAAGCUUGCCCCUACUAUGGAAGCCGAUUUGCCAUUCCCUCAGCCCAGCUGGUGGUACUCCCUUACCAAAUGCUGCUGCAUGCAGCUACCCGCCAUGCUGCAGGCAUUAAACUUGAGGGACAAGUGGUGAUCAUUGAUGAAGCCCACAAUCUGAUUGAUUCUAUCACGAGCAUCCACAGUGCUGAAGUUAAUGGUUCCCAGCUCUGCCAGGCUCACUCUCAGCUGUCCCAAUACAUGGAGCGAUACAGGAAAUUUUUGAAGGCCAAGAACCUGAUGUACAUCAAACAAAUUUUAUAUUUGCUGGAGAAAUUUGUGACUGUUCUGGGUGGAAAUGUGAAACAGAAUCCCAACACGCAGAACCUCUGUCAAACAGGGACUGAGCUGAAGACCAUCAAUGACUUCCUGUUUCAGAGUCAGAUUGACAAUAUCAACCUUUUCAAGGUACAGCGGUAUUUUGAAAAGAGCAUGGUCAGCAGAAAGCUGUUUGGGUUCACCACGGAAUACGGUGGUGUUUCUAUCCUUCCAUCUUCUAAAGAACAAUCCAAGUUGACUGGUUUCCAGCACUUCUUGCAGAGCCUUCAGCCCGGGCCUGGAGCAACUCCUUCAUCUGCUCCUGGAGAGGAUGAGGGUGGCCCGCCACGCCUGGGCUCUCCAUUGAUGCAGAUUGAAAGCUUCCUUGCAGCCCUCACUACCGCCAACCAGGACGGCAGGGUGGUCGUGAACAGACAAGGCACCCUCAGUCAGAGCAGCCUCCGGUUUCUCCUCCUGAAUCCCUCGGUGCACUUUGCCCAGGUGGUAAAGGAAUGUCGGGCCAUGAUCAUCGCUGGGGGCACCAUGCAGCCGGUGGCUGAUUUUCGGGAACAGUUGCUAGAAUGUGCUGGAGUUGGAACAGAGCGAGUGGUUGAGUUUUCCUGUGGCCAUGUAAUCCCACCAGACAAUAUUCUACCCAUUGUCCUUUGCAGUGGACCGUCUAAUCAGCAGUUGGAAUUCAUCUAUCAGAAGAGAGAGCUGCCUCAGAUGAUGGAUGAAGUCGGCCGCAUCCUCUGCAACCUCUGCAACGUGGUCCCUGGGGGCCUGGUCUGCUUUUUCUCCUCCUAUGACUACCUGCACAAAGUAUACGCACACUGGAAGCAGAGUGGGCUGCUGACUCGUCUGGCUGUAAAGAAGAAGAUAUUUCAGGAACCUAACCGAGCAAAUCAGGUGGAACAGAUGUUGACCGAGUACUCCAAGUGCAUUAAGCAAUGCAGCCAAGUGAAAGGUGUGAUGACUGGGGCCCUUCUCCUUUCAGUGGUUGGAGGGAAGAUGAGUGAAGGGAUCAACUUCUCUGAUGAUUUAGGGCGGUGUGUGGUUAUGGUGGGCAUGCCCUACCCCAACAUCAAAUCCCUGGAGCUGCAAGAGAAGAUGGCGUACCUGGACCAGACUCUUCCCAAUAAUCCAGGGAAAUCCUUGAUGGAAAACCUGUGUAUGAAAGCUGUCAAUCAAUCCAUAGGACGGGCCAUCCGGCAUCGGCAGGAUUUUGCCAGCAUCCUGCUCCUAGACCAGCGUUAUUCCCGCCCGUCCAUUCUGGCCAAGCUGCCUGGCUGGAUCCGAGACCAAGUGGAAAUCAAAACUGCAUUUGGGCCAGCCUUUGCUACAUUGCGGAAGUUUCACCGGGAGAAAUCUGAUCCUUCCUGACAGAUGAGCAUCGCUCCCUGCUCCAUGCCUAAGCCUCCUACAUUUGUUAGUUCAUCUACAGGAAUUGUGACUGCAAAGACAAAACACAGAUGGAUAAGGGUGGGAUCUAGCCCCUGUUCUUCUUGGUCUUCGUGUGAAGGCUACAGGACUGUUUUAUGUUGGUGAAAAACAACUGGACAGCAAGACUUGGAGGACCACCUUCUUAAAGGUAGAAGUUAGAAGAGAAGCUUGGAUUGGGAGCAGAAGACUGAGUUGGAGUUAGUAGGAUAGGGUGUUGCAGGGUUUGUUUUGCACUGGCUCUCAAAUGACUGAGAAGUUAUGGCAUAAGAAAGAUGAGAGUUGAAUUUCAUUUGAGUAAAAGUAGAAAAAUUUGUUAUUGGAGGAAACAUUGGAAAAAGGAUUUUUUUUUUUUUUUUUUUGCACUUGAUGAUUUUACUGGGUAGUUCUUGCCUCCCUUCCUACUGCUUUGUUGUGAAACACUGUCCAGACCCAAGAUGAAGCUGCCACUAGAGAAUCAUAAUAGUGGACCCACACAAAUUUCUCCUGAAGCACAUCUUUGUGUAAUAUAUUUUUUUGAGGAUUUAUAAAGAGAUUUACCUCCAGCCUCCUGCCAUCUAUCUACCAUCUCCCAUUUAGUCUUUUUCUCUCACAAAACAUUCACUACCUUUGCUCCCCAGACAUCACCUCACUUCCCUGCCUCCUGAAAAGGGUCUGGGGUUUAAAGGUGCACAGUUUCAUAUUCCCCUUUCAAAGUCAGUGGCAAUCACUACCUCCUUUCAUUGAAAAUAGCGUUUAUAUGUUAAGGGCUAUAGGACUCCCAGUAUGACUAUUUUAAACAACCCUAUGUCCACUUCUGUGUCUUUGUUGUGUGGAUAUCUCUACCUUGGGAUAUCUGAAGCUUCCCUUUACUAUUUACUUACCUGUGCCCCAAAGAAAAGGACCUCAUCUUCUCCAAGAAUGGUGAAAAGUGGGGCUGGCUUUUACUGUCAUGGAUUAACAUAGUUACAGUGCCUUAAUUAAAGAGUACAUUUGGUUCA